GCCAAAAACAACAACACGACAGUACCAGUUAGCGUCUGAGGGAGAGAAGGGGGCAGAAUCUCUUUUUUUCCCUGGUUUAGAACAACAUAAACAGGUACCCUGGACUUUUCAGAGACCCACUCAGACAUGUCGUAUGUCUUCAUCAACGACUCAUCGCAAUGCAGCGUGCCGCUGCUGCAGUCUUGCAUCGACGGGGAUCUGGGCUACGCCAAACGCCUGCUAGAGAGUGGCUGUGACCCCAAUAUCCGUGAUAGCCGGGGCCGCACAGGUCUGCACCUGGCUGCUGCCCGUGGCAAUGUGGAGAUCUGCCGCUUCCUGCACAAAUUUGGUGCUGACCUCCUGGCUACAGACUACCAAGGCAACACUGCACUGCACCUGUGUGGCCACGUGGACACGAUUCAGUUUCUGGUGUCCAACGGACUCAAAAUUGACAUAUGUAACCACAAUGGGUCCACACCACUAGUGCUGGCAAAGAGACGAGGGGUAAACAAAGAUGCCAUUCGCCUGCUUGAGAGCCUGGAGGAGCAGGAGGUCAAAGGUUUCAACCGAGGAGCGCACUCCAAACUGGAGACCAUGCAGAUGGCAGAGAGCGAGAGUGCCAUGGAGAGCCAUUCCUUGCUCAACCCAAACCUGCAGAACAGCGAAGGUGUGUUAUCCAGUUUUCGUACAACUUGGCAGGAGUUUGUGGAGGACCUGGGCUUCUGGAGAGUUCUGCUCCUGCUGGUGGUCAUCGCCCUGCUUUCCCUGGGCAUCGCUUACUAUGUCAGCGGAGUGCUACCUUUUGCUGCCAACCAGCUGGAGUUGGUGCACUGAGGCAGGGGAGGGGGGUUACUGGGUCUGUGACAGGAGGGAACCGGGUGUGAGGUAUUGUACACAGCGAUUGUAUUGCCUACAGGCACCAAGCUGUAAGUCAUAGGGUUGCAUAGUUGGCUUUCUUUUAGAAAAGCAUGAUCGACUUUGGAAGUUCUCAACCUCCCGCACCUCUCCCCUGACCUUAUGACACUUUUAGAUGGAAUCUUAGCACGGGGUGAUGGUACAUCAUGUCCACGAGUAGGAAGCAGUGUAAUCCUGAAACCUGCGUGGCUUCCUGCUGUGAGUUUUCUCACUAGGACCAAGGUGUCAUGUAACCAAACCCACGUCUGUCAUUCCCCUGUGUUCUAACACUGGCCAGACUGAAGGCAGUUUGUCUCACCUGUCAGCAUUAAUGGGUCUUUUCAUAUAUAAAACCUCAUCCUCUUACAAAUUCGUAUUUAUUCUUUUGACUGUUUGACAGCCUAAUUCUAAAUACGUUUCUGACAUGGUAAGAUCAGAUCUAACACAGGUAAAUGUUUGUUUCAUUGUUGUGUAGAAAACAUUUUGUUACAUUAAUGAAGUGUUCUUUCUUGUAACCUGUUAAGAGGAUAAAGUGGCUAAAUUAAUUUUUUUUUUUUUUUU